AUGUUGAAAUCACAAGCAACUUGUGUUUGUUCUCAAUCAUCUUCAUCUCGUCAUCGAACACUAUCAGAGUGUUCAAGACGUAAAAAAUCAUGUAAACGACCUCGUCGAACUUCAAUUCCCCCUCCACUUCAACCAACAUCUACUAAAUCUCCAUGUGCUGAUGGUCUCUAUAAACCACCUGCUAAACUUCGUCUUGUACAAGUAUGA